AUGGAAACCACUUUACUAUAUGAGUGGGCAGCAGCUCUCUGGAGGGAAUUCUACCCCCUAAGUUACGCAUGCAGCAGGACUGCAUGCAGUAGCAAUGAGGGUGCCAAAGAGCCAUCACCAGAAGCUGCUCGCACUCUGGCCGCUACUGAGGAGACGCAGCUGCACCUAGGCCAGCAAAUGAGCCAAGCCGACUUGGUGGUAACGUAUUUCCCUUCCCUGUGGAUUCAGUGGAAGCAGACUCGCUUGGCUGAUCUUCCUUUCCUAAAAAAUGUAGAAGAUUUCACUGGACCUAGAGAAAGAAGUGAUCUGGGAUUCGUCACGUUUGACAUAACUGCAGAUCUGCGGAGCAUAUUUGACUGGAAUGUUAAACAAUUGUUUCUAUAUUUGUCUGCAGAAUAUUCAACAAAAAACAAUGCUCUGAACCAGGUGGUCCUUUGGGAUAAGAUCAUCUUGAGGGGAGAUAAUCCAAGGCUGUUCUUAAAAGAUAUGAAGUCAAAAUACUUUUUCUUUGAUGAUGGAAAUGGUCUCAAGGGAAACAGGAACGUCACUUUGACUCUCUCCUGGAACGUUGUACCAAAUGCUGGCAUUCUACCUCUUGUGACAGGGUCAGGACAUGUGUCUGUUCCUUUCCCAGAUACCUAUGAAACAACAAAAAGUUAUUAAAUUAUAAUAUUGAAUCCUAAGCAACAUA